UCUCUCUUUGUUCUCUAUCUUCAGUCUCUGAAAACCCUCUCCAAAACCCUAGCAAAGGCGCGAGGGAGCUCCCAAUCUGGCUCUACUAUCCUUGCUAUCUCCCUCUUCUCCGGCCCUUGGCCUCCACGAGAGGGCUGCAAUGGGUUCUCUGAGGACCUUCCCUUCUUCUUGCCCUUGCCGGCUUGCCCAGAGACCUAGGAUUCGGAUAAAAACCAGGGUUUUCGCCUCCCUUGGAACUAGCUCAUCGGUUUCAGAUGGAAGGAAAUCCAAGGUGCCUCGGAGAAGAUCUGGGAGAAGUGAUGGGCCUAGGAAAAGCAUGGAGGACUCGGUCCAGAGGAAGAUGGAGGAGUUUUAUGAAGGUUCUGAUGGUCCACCACUCCGGGUUCUUCCAAUUGGAGGUUUGGGAGAAAUUGGAAUGAAUUGUAUGCUUGUUGGGAACUAUGAUCGGUACAUCAUGAUUGAUGCUGGAGUCAUGUUUCCGGAUUAUGAUGAGUUGGGCGUCCAGAAAGUUAUACCAGAUACAACAUUCAUAAAAAGAUGGAGCCAUAAAAUUGAAGCUCUCGUAAUCACACAUGGUCAUGAGGAUCACAUUGGUGCGUUGCCCUGGGUAAUCCCAGCUUUGGAUGCCCAUACACCAAUUUUUGCUUCAUCUUUCACAAUGGAGCUUAUAAAGAAGCGUCUGAAAGAGUUUGGAAUUUUUGUCCCAUCCCGGCUCAAGCUGCUUAAGAUUCGGAAAAGAUUUCUUGCUGGACCAUUUGAGGUGGAGCCUAUUCGUGUAACACACUCAAUACCUGAUUGUUGUGGAUUGGUACUUCGUUGUAGCGAUGGCACAAUUUUUCACACCGGUGACUGGAAGAUUGAUGAAUCGCCUUUGGAUGGAAAAGUUUUUGAUCGAGCAGCAUUAGAGGAGCUUUCAAAGGAAGGGGUGACUUUAAUGAUGAGUGACUCAACCAAUGUGCUGUCUCCUGGAAGAUCUAUCAGUGAGUCUGUUGUAAGAGAUGCCUUACUAAGGCAUAUUUCAGCUGCCAAAGGAAGAGUCAUAACAACACAAUUUGCAUCAAACAUACAUCGUCUUGGCAGUGUUAAGGCAGCUGCUGAUUUAACUGGUCGAAAACUGGUCUUUGUUGGAAUGUCUCUGAGGACUUACUUGGAUGCUGCUUUUAGAGAUGGCAAAGCACCAAUGGAUCCUUCAACUCUGUUAAAAGUGGAGGAUAUUGAUGGCUAUUCUCCUAGAGAUUUGUUGAUUGUUACAACUGGAUCUCAAGCAGAACCACGAGCUGCUUUGAAUCUUGCUUCAUUUGGGGGCAGUCAUUCUCUCAAACUAAAUAAGGAUGAUGUGAUUUUGUAUUCAGCCAAGGUCAUUCCCGGAAAUGAGACGAGGGUAAUGAAGAUGUUAAAUCGAAUAUCUGAGCUUGGUUCUACAAUUGUUAUGGGUAAAAAUGAGGGCCUGCAUACAUCUGGUCAUGGAUACCGUGGUGAACUUGAAGAAGUUCUUAAGAUUGUGAAACCCCAACAUUUUCUACCGGUCCAUGGGGAACUCCUCUUCCUCAAGGAGCAUGAGUUGCUUGGGAAAUCAACUGGUAUCCGGCACACUGCUGUAAUAAAGAAUGGAGAGAUGCUUGGAGUUUCACAUCUUAGAAACCGAAGAGUUCUAUCAAAUGGGUUUACUCCAUUAGGAAAAGAGGAAUUGCAGCUGAUGUACAGUGAUGGUGACAAAGCAUUUGGAACUUCACAAGAACUGUGUGUUGAUGAAAGGUUAAGGAUUGCAUCAGAUGGGGUAAUCAUUGUCAGUAUGGAAAUUAUGCGGCAACAAGCUGUGAAUGGAUCAGAAGCAUGUUUGAAAGGAAAGGUGAGAAUCACAACACGCUGUCUAUGGCUUGACAAAGGAAAACUGUUAGAUGCACUUUAUAAGGGUGCACAUGCGGCAUUGUCAAGCUGUCCUGUCACUUGCCCUUUGGCACACAUGGAAAGGAUAGUAUCUGAGGUCCUGCGUAAGAUUGUAAGGAAAUACAGUGGUAAAAGGCCUGAAGUCGUUGCAGUUGCUGUUGAGAACUCUACUGCAGUGCUAGGUGAGGAAUUGAGGACGAGGUUAUCUGGUAAGUCUCGUGGUAGUGUUGAACUAUCCUCAAGUGGUAGUUCAAAUGUGAAAUUUGGUGAUUUGAUUUCUGAUGGCAUGGAUUCCAUGAGGAAUGUUGUGAAAGAAGACACUGAAGUAGAAAGUGAUGUAGAAGACGUAUUUGGGGAUGAUGACAGUACAGAUUCUGAUAUAGAAGCAGCAUCUUUACAUCCGUCAACAGCAUCAAGAGAUCUCAUUGAAUUGCUCAAAGGAAGGCUAGCUGGUGAGGUCUCAAAAGCUGAAAUUGGCCCCAUUUCAGAAGAGAAUCCACAACACAGUGAAAACAGCGAGGACUGCAGUGAUCAGAUGCUCAAUCUGGCCCAGUCUCAGCAAGGCGGCCAGAAAUCUUCUAGGCGGAACAAAUGGAAGCCUGAAGAGAUCAAAAGAUUAAUAAAAAAGCGUGCUGAGUUGGAUAGUAGAUUUCAGACUACGAAGGCACGAAUGGUUUUGUGGGAUGAGGUAUCUGCAGACUUGUUGAGCCAUGGAAUAAACCGGAGUUCAUCACAGUGCAAAUCUCUGUGGGCUUCGCUUGUUCAGAAAUAUGAGGCAAGCAAGAUUGAUGAGAAAAGCAAGAAGAGCUGGCCUUACUUCACUGCCAUGGAUAAAAUUCUAGCGUGCACCGGAGCGGCAAAAUGAGCAAUCCAUGGAGAACAUUUUAGCCGGGGGUAAAAUGAAUGCGGUGGUUGUUCUUUGGGAGCCUCUCAUUUUGGACAUCAUACUGUUAAAUGCAACAAAGACUUCCUUCUCCGGGACAGAAAUCAUCGGAUGCAGGACCACAUGUACUUUCACAAAUAACAAUUUUUGUCAGGAAGAUCUAUAAAUUAGUUUCGACCUGAAAAAAGAAUACAGAAGAAUAUCUUCGAUGUAUUUGGUUGAUUAUGAACAUCAAUGUGAUUUGUAUUGACGGCUUCAACAUGAGAAAAUGGAAGCGGUUGUGAAAUAUAUUUUUAUUUUUAUUUUUUUAGAAAUGUUUAUGGAGAUGGCUCAGAAUUGCUUAUCA